AUGACGGACCACAUGCGCCAUGUGGUUGAAGCUGGACACGAACUUACACCAGAAGAAGGGCAGAUGCUCUCCGUCGCUUACAAGAACAAGGUUGGAAUGCAGCGCGCAGCAUGGAGAGUGAUUGACUCGGUCAUGCAGAAAGAGAGAGAAGUGGGCCACGUGGAGGAAGCCUCCUAUGCCGCCGAGUACAAGAAGCAGGCGAUGUUUACUGGAGUGCGUACUUGUGAGGAAGUUCUUCACAUGCUUGAGAUGGACCUCCUGCCCCAUGCGACGCACCCGGAGACCCGAGUGUUUUACCUGAAGAUGAGGGCAGACUACUAUCGCUACAUCGCAGAGUUUCACCCGGAAAACCAGGAGUGCAGAGAGAAGGCGAAUUGGGCCUCCCAGGAAGCUUUUGCAGCAUGCCAGGAGGGCCUUCUUCCAACACAUCCCAUUCGCUUGGGAAUGGCACUUAGCCAGGCGGCUUUCCACUACGACAUUCUGGGGCAACCUUCUUUGGCGGUGCAAAUGGCCAAGAAGGCAUUUGAUGAUGCACUUACCGACCUCGACAAUGUCACUGAAGAGCACUACAAGGAUGUGGUCCUCAUCAUGUCUGUUCUACGAGAUAACCUCGCUCUGUGGACGAGUCAAGCUUCACGCGAGACCAUUGUACAGCCGGCGGUCUCAGCGCCAGAUUUCAAAGCCGUUUCCCGAUCUGAUCAUGCGCGUGCAAGCCUGAUGCGGCUGGCUAUUUCCGAGUUGUCUGGUGCUUUCCAAUCUUUCAUAGUUCAAGCCCUUCUGGCUAUGGUGGCAGAAGAGGACGAUGCCGCAGAAGACACUGGGGCUGCUGAUGGCACAGACUCCACAGAAGUCCGGGCUCUCUUGACCAGUGCCAAGGCAAAGGAGCCGGUCUCGAGCAAGAGGAAAGUUGCCCCUGCACCAAAGCUGCAGAUGGUGCGGCGGCAGCGCAGGCUCCUGGACCCCCGCACGGCGGCUGCCAGCCGGUCCGCUGGCCUUGGUGCCGGGUCGCUUCAGCGCCGUGUGGAGCAGCUGGUGGACAUGGCCUUGUCCGUGUCGACUCUGGAGAUUUUUGCGGAUCGCCAGCCGGUGGAGUUCGGGCUGACGGCCGUGGUGGAGCUUUGGUUGGGCCCCAACCAGCCCCUCCAAGCAAAAGCGGGCAAAGUGCCGGAUGACAAGAGCCAGUUCUCCCUUGGAAAGCUGGCUUGGAUGGGGGGCGGUGCCGAGCCAGUGACCGGUGGCCGUUGGCUCGCGGCUGCCAGCUCGGCCGAGGCCACCAAAGUUCUUCCGGAGUGGACCUUGCGAGUUCACACACCCACUCAAGGCCUGAGAGCCUUAAAGGGUGCGCUCGCAAAGUUGGCUGGCGGUAUCAAGGUGGAAGACAUCCACGUGGAGCUUUUUGCAGCGGGUUCUGUCGCCGUGACGCAGCCGGAGCACCCCCACGGGGAAGUCGCCUGUUCCUUUGUGUUGCCCGCGCUGGGGGAUGCCCCCGACGAGCUCCACCAACGUUUAUCUCGGCUGGAUGCCAGAGCCUUCCCGCAGCAGUUUGCAGCGAACAUGCUUGACGUCGGCCUCGAUGUGGAUGAGAGCCACAUCAGCAUCCUGGAGCCCAUUCGGGCCGAGGCAGACGUGGACCCUGAUUCUGGUGCUGCGAUGGUUCGUGGCAGUUUCAAAUUCGCCGUGCGGCAGCAGGAGAGGUAUCAUGACGAUUUUAUCAUCCCUGUGGACUUGCCGGAUGACAUCGACGAUGCCACUCCCACGGACCGCGAGAUCCAACAGCUUUUCGCUGAGGUGGACGACCUGAUCCACAGCCAAGCCCUGGCCGCGGCCCUGGGACGCGACAACGGCCCAGCUGUAGGCGAGCGCCUGGACCGUGCCACCUGUGCCUUGGCCACGGCUUUGCGCGCCGACCUUGCCAAUGCCAUGAAGGAGAGCACGGAGCAAAGCCUCAAGGAUGCCCUCGGCCGAUUGCAGGAUGUCUCCCUGCCCGAGGUCAUGGCAGCCAGGCGACAGCUUUGUGACCUGCAGCUGCAGCGCUGCGUCGAAAACAAGGACAUAGCGGAGUUGACCAUGGUUCUGCGUGAGGCCGAGAGCUUGGGCACUGAGGAGAUGAGCCAAUAUGCUUCAGCCAAGAGGAUGCUCGGGCAACUUCGCGUACGGCGUCUGCAGGAACAAUCUCUAGACGUCUUGCGCAGUGGCGCCAAGGACUUAGAAUCCAUGGUGGCAGUGAUCAGUGUGGCGCUACGACGAGAUUGGGAAGAAGUGCUGAAUGAAGGCCGCACGCUGGCAAAGGCCAUGAUCGAUGAUGCAAAAGCAUCAGGUGACUUUAUGAAGGUGGCCAAAAUCUGGCGCCUCGCAGACAAAGAAGGGCUUCGCGUCAUCGCGGCGCACGCAGCUGCGGCUUGGGAGGACCAGGUGGCAACCGCCCGGCGAAGCGACAGCGCCACCCUCUUGGCCAACCUCUACAGGGCUGCAGCCGUCGAAGGAUGCGAUCCGCUGUGCAAAGAGGCCCUGGAAGCCCUCGAUGCGCGUCUCAAAGAGAUUGAAGAAGCCUGGAACAAAGCAGGCAAGAAGGCGUACCAGAAGCCCCUCGAGCUGCUGACAAAGGACUUCAGCAGCAUCGGCGCGGACGAUCAUCAAGUCAAAGCUGCCAUCAAAGUAGCCACGCAGCGUUGGAAAGAGCGCGAGCAGAUGGGCAAGGCUGAAGUACUGACGGUCCUGUUCGCCUCCGAGAAUGACCCGGAGGCAGUCUUGCAGUGCAUUCAGACGACUGUCCGCUGGGACUUCGUGCGCGUUCAGUCCAAAGCCAUGGCGAUGUUUUCCACGCAGGUGGAGAAUGCCCAAAGGGCAGGUGUGGAGCAGGGCGUUGCAACACUGGCCAAGAUGCAGCAGAAGGCCCAGGAGUGCCAGGUGGAGCAAGUGACUAUGCCUUCAAAGUCCCGAGUCAAGAAGGACCAGCCAGCAAUCCGGGAUCAGAUCAACAAGGCCCUGAACACCCUCGUCCAGACGGAGAUUGCCUCGCAGGACCCGACAAGGCUCCUGACCUUUGCCAUCUCGGCCGCCCGCGUCGGCCUCGCCGCCCCCGCAGCGGAGGCCCGCGCAGAGAUGCGAAAGAUCCUGGAAGAUCUACAGGAGAAGUCCUCAACUGACAUCAUUGCCCAGUUCAAGGCGGCUGCCGAGUCCGCGGGCGACUCGGAAGCCGUGGCCUUGGCUUCCGACGGCUUGGCCGCCGUGGAGGAGCGUGAGCGCAAGGAACGCGAGAAUGAAGAAGCCAAGCUGGCAGCGGCAGCCGAGCAGUAUAUUGGAGACUCCGUCCCAGCUACGUGCGUCGAAGUCUCGGUCAAGGCUGUCCAGCGAGGUUGGAAGGAGUUGGAGAAACGAGCGGACGACAUCUACAAUGCAAGGCUGGAGGAGUGCACCAAGGCAGCAGCACAGCCUGAUCCAGACGAGGCGCUUCUUGGCUACAGGGACUUGCUGUUGGCGCUGGCGAAGGCUCAGGAGCUGAAUAGCCCGCAGAAACAGCCCUUGCGGUCCUCGCUGGAGCAGUUGAUCAAUGAUGCCAGCUCAGAGAGGGAUGGCGUCCGCUUGCUGGAUCAGUAUGACUGGACUGCCGACAACCCGAGCUUUCAGGAAUUCAUCGAGAAGAAGGUCGAUGCAAUCAUGACAGCUUGGCAAGAGCGAGGCGACGAAGCAGCCCCCAAGGAGCCUGUAAAGAUGGCGGAGCGGGCCAAGAAAUCUGGGAAAAGUGCAUUGGAGACCAAAAUCUUGCGACUGCACAGCCUGGACUCGGCGUUGCAAGCGGCCAAAGACAGCCCAUCUGACGUCACGAAGGUUAUCUCGGUCUACGAACUGAUCGAGAAGGGCGAAAGUGCAGAGUGGAUGAAGAAGCAGGUGGAGAAAAUGACACAGCGUGUACUGGACGAAGCGAAGCAGUCGGGCGACGUGGCGGUGCUCACCGCCCUGAAAGGGUCCGCGCCUGCAAAGGUGAAGAAAGACGCCAAGGAUGUAUUGGCCCUUGUGGAGAAGCUUUCUACGCUCCUGGACAAUCGGAACUGGGAAGGCAUUUGCGAGCUGGCAUCUGCUGCCCAGAAGAGCGGCUGCAGCGGUUUGGCCAAGGAGGCGAGGAACCAUUUACGUGGCCACGUGGACGAGGUCAGUAGCACGGGAGUCAUUGUCGCGGAGACCGAGCUUCUGCGCCUACACAAGGCCGCGCUCAGCGCGGGACUCGACGACUUCGCUGCCGACCUUGUGGAACGGCUGGGUGCGGCCAUGCCAGCGGAAUGGGCUAUGGAGAAGGGCAAAAGCCUUGCGGUGCGAAAGGACAAGAUUGAGGACCCGAUCCUCAAAGCCCGCCUCCAAGAUAUGGUCAACCAGACCUUCAACUGCUGGGGAGGGCCCUCUCCCCCACGAUGUCGCAGAACGAGGGAUCGCAGAAAUCCCCUGGCCACGUCGCUCAAGGUGGAAGAGGUCUGGCACGUGGCCAAUGCUGAGAACUACCUCGGCUAUGCACGAAGGCGCGAAGAGAUCCGGGCAGCCUUUGCUGCGCUGGAUCCUGCGGAGCGAGCCGAAGACUUCAACAUAAAGUCGCAGGCGGUGUCCCUGAAGGGCGUCAGCUUCCAUCCAGAAGAGCCCGUGGACGCCGGCAUCAAUGAAGUUUGGCUUUGGCAUGGGACAGGCAAAGAGGGUGCCCACGGAAUCACCGAAACAGACUUCGACAUGGGCCGUGCUGGCUCAGCUGCAGGUACCAUGUUCGGCCGCGGUCUCUACUUUGCAGAGAGCUGUAUGAAAUCCGACGAGUACACCAAGGCUGAUGACAGGAGUUGGAGCCCCCUCAUCCUUUGCAGAGUCACGUGUGGACGCUUGUUUCAUUGUGACUGGAAAAGGCCUUCGGAUCACAAGGAACAGCUGGAGGAGAAGUGUCGAAGUGGUGACUACCACUGCGUUCUGGGUGAUCGCGAAAAGGUUCGAGGCACGUACCGGGAGUUCAUUGUCUUUGACAAUGACCAGGUGUAUCCUGAGUACAUCGUGUGGUAUAGCCGCGUUGAGCCCUUCCAUGACAAGUAA